AUGGAGGAUUCUUCUAAUAAUAACAAUACUUGUGAGGACACUAAGAUUUGUCCCCGCGGUCACUGGCGACCCGCCGAGGAUGAAAAGCUUCGCCAACUUGUUGAACAAUAUGGUGCUCAGAAUUGGAAUUCCAUUGCUGAAAAACUUCAAGGAAGAUCAGGGAACAAGAAUCACUGGCACGUGAUCAUGGCAAGAAAGCAAAGAGAGCAAUCCAAGAUUUGUGGCAAAAGAACCUUCCAAGACAUGAUGAUUUUCAAUAAUAACAACAACGAUUCCAAUUCUUCUUCUUCUUCCAGUAACAUCAUCAAGAGACCAGCAAGAGUAAUCGGGUUAGAAUAUUCCAGAUUCUUCGAUUUUCGCAACCUCGAUAGCAAUAAAGCUUCUACUUCUUGGAAUUUCGCAUCUUCUGUUCCGCCAGUAACUGAUUCUUUUAGAAAAGGAGGAGGAGGAGGAAAAGACUAUUUCACCAUCAACGGUUCCAGUAUUUAUCUUCCAGAAGGUUCUAGAACCUCCGAUAGAUUCUAUUGCAGAGUUUUCCCGGGUCCUUCUACUACUACUACUGCUACUACUGCACCAUUUGGUUCCUCUAAUGGAUUCUCAUCAUCGCUCCAAAACUACAAGAGGAUCGUUCCGAAUCCCUUCGCCUUCAAGGGUAGUUCUACGGAGAAGGAGAAAGAAGAAGAUCAUGAACCUAAAAAUGAAGUUCCUUUCAUUGAUUUUUUGGGCGUCGGUGUCUCUUCUUCCUAG